GCCAGGACACUUGGACGCCUCAGUGGGAUUUGCGCAGUUUGAAAAGGUCAUGAGUUUGGAAGACCCUGUGACCCUGCCAUGGGAACUGUGCAGGUGGCAAAGUCUGCGAUGAUAAGGCGAUUGGGCUGUUGCUAUGGCGAUGGGAAUGGAGGCCCAGUUUUCUGCAUGGCAGCUCUAAUGACAGGAUGGUCAGCCCUGUGGAAGCUGGAGGGUGUGAGCGCAGAGGCCUGCUCCUGGUUGCCAUGGCAGUGUGGGCCCUCACGGGAGCACAGAAAGCCCUGGCAGGAGAAUUUCCCAUCCACACCUGGUUGGAGCAGGAAGUGUUGGGCGGUGACUGAGCCUUGGGGAAACAGGUUGGGGUGUGAGAGAGAAACACAGUCGCCUGCAGCCUAAUUACUCAAACGCUGCCCCUCAGAGAAAGAGUCUGCUGAGUCUAUUAAGAGAACACCACGCCGUCAGAGAUCAGCACAGCCCAGAGAAAAAGCUGACCAGCCCUGAUCAGCCCUGGAGCCCGGCGAUGGCCCUGCCCUGGCCACACCCAGCCUGACAAGGCCUCCGUGGGGAAGGGUCCCGGCUGCGACCCAGAAGGGGAGGCUCUCAGGCUUGCUGGAGGACAAUGAAAAGGAGGAAACUCUGUGAUUGAACCUCAAGCCAGAGUCCAGCCAGAGGGUGGGCCCUAUUCUCCCAGACACCCAGGCUGGCCGUGCCCCUCACCUGGAAGAAGCUGGGGCUAUUUCUGCCUUGGAAGCCUGUUGGGGAACGCCGAGGGGUCCCAGCUCCCACGGGCUGGCUGCAGUACAGAUGCUGGAUGACAGAGCCAGGAUGGAGAGCGCCAAGAAGGAAAAGGCGGAGCAGAUCCUGGCGGAGUUCCAGCUGCAGGAGGAGGACCUGAAAAAGGUGAUGAGGCGGAUGCAGAAGGAGAUGGACCGAGGCCUGAGGCUGGAGACCCACGAAGAGGCCAGUGUGAAGAUGCUGCCCACCUACGUACGCUCCACCCCAGAAGGCUCAGAGGUUGGGGACUUCCUCUCCCUGGACCUGGGCGGCACCAACUUCAGGGUGAUGCUGGUGAAGGUGGGGGAAGGCGAGGAGGGGCAGUGGAGCGUGAAGACCAAGCACCAGAUGUACUCCAUCCCCGAGGAUGCCAUGACCGGCACUGCUGAGAUGCUCUUUGACUACAUCUCCGAGUGCAUCUCCGACUUCCUGGACAAGCAUCAGAUGAAGCACAAAAAGCUGCCCUUGGGCUUCACCUUCUCCUUUCCCGUGAGGCACGAAGACAUCGACAAGGGCAUCCUUCUCAACUGGACCAAGGGCUUCAAGGCCUCGGGAGCAGAAGGGAACAACAUCGUGGGGCUCCUGCGAGAUGCCAUCAAACGGAGAGGGGACUUUGAGAUGGACGUGGUGGCAAUGGUGAAUGACACCGUGGCCACGAUGAUCUCCUGCUACUAUGAAGACCGCCGAUGUGAGGUUGGCAUGAUUGUGGGCACGGGCUGCAACGCCUGCUACAUGGAGGAGAUGCAGAACGUGGAGCUGGUGGAAGGGGACGAGGGCCGCAUGUGUGUCAACACCGAGUGGGGCGCCUUUGGGGACUCGGGAGAGCUGGACGAGUUCCUGCUGGAGUAUGACCGCGUGGUGGACGAGAACUCCCUGAACCCCGGCCAGCAGCUGUACGAGAAGCUCAUCGGUGGCAAGUACAUGGGCGAGCUGGUGCGACUCGUGCUGCUGAAGCUCGUGGACGAGAACCUGCUUUUCCACGGGGAGGCCUCGGAGCAGCUGCGCACGCGCGGCGCCUUCGAGACGCGCUUCGUGUCGCAGGUGGAGAGCGACUCGGGCGACCGCAAGCAGAUCUACAACAUCCUGAGCACGCUGGGGCUGAGGCCCUCGGCCACCGACUGCGACAUCGUGCGCCGCGCCUGCGAGAGCGUGUCCACGCGUGCCGCGCACAUGUGCGCCGCGGGGCUGGCAGGCGUCAUCAACCGCAUGCGCGAGAGCCGCAGCGAGGACGUGAUGCGCAUCACCGUGGGCGUGGACGGCUCCGUGUACAAGCUGCACCCCAGCUUCAAGGAGCGGUUCCACGCCAGCGUGCGCAGGCUGACGCCCAGCUGCGAAAUCACCUUCAUCGAGUCGGAGGAGGGCAGCGGCCGGGGCGCGGCCUUGAUCUCCGCGGUGGCGUCUAAGAAGGCCUGCAUGCUGGGCCAGUGAAAAUAGAGGCUGCAAGGCAACGAGGAGGCUGUGGCCAGCCGCUGGACCUGGGCUCCAGGGGACACGCUCCUGACCGGUCCUCCCAACUGGGCUCAGUCAAGAGGUUUCUCCUUGUAAGGACCCUGGACUCUUCCUAUCCCCACUGUCACCCCAGAAGAUGGGGAAGACCUCUUCCAGGAAUGCGGAGAGCCCCCGGCUGGCCUCUUCUCUCGGAGUCAGUUGGCAGGACAGCCCUAGGGCCCUGACUGGUUUGGGGGCUGAGAUGAGCAGGUACGGAGCCCCCAAAGUACCUUGCCUUUCUUGCUGGAAUUAAGGACCCAGAAGGAAGUUAACUCAGGAUUUUGUUGCAUUUCUGCACUGCUUGCCUCUUGGAGCUUUCAGCCUAGCUCAGCCACCCUUAGGCCCUGGCUCUGGGAAGGGGGUGCCCUCUAGACCCUGCUAUGGCCUGGCUUCCCUGGGAACUCAGCCCACAUGAGGAGGAAACCCUUGUGAGGAAGCCCUGGGCUCCACAGGGGGCCUGGAGGAGCUGCUGAUCACCUAGGCCUGGGAAGUGGGAGGACAGAGCCGCGACCUGUGCUGAAGCUGCAGCAACACUGGGCCAUGGGAGGAUGGAGCAGGUACCGUAGGGCCUGGAGAUGGCAGCCUUUUCCCUCCCACACUGCUAUUCCUGAGUGGUUCAUGGUUCUGGAGUGGACCCUCCCGGGAAGUAUAAGAGACAGAGCCCCCAAAGUCCCUGCCCAGAGGGUCUCAGGAAGAGGAGUCAUCCCUCCACCCACAGACAGGCCUGGGAGCACCUCCAGAAUGGAGUCCUCAGCUCCCGUGGCGCUGGCUGGGAAGGAAACCCGGGCAGCAUUCAGCAUACCCCCGCGGGACAACCCAGGCCUCUUUCUUCUCACCAGACCUCCAUGGACCACACCAACCUCUCCAUGUCUGGGAUCGGGUGGGGUUUUUUAAUUAAAAGUUUUAAAAGUUUA